GAAGAGACCCGACAAAUUUAUAAAACGGAGACGGGCAGAGAUCGAGUAGCCUCUCACUUAACCAGAGAUUCAGAGGAGCAGCAGCUAGGUAGCUAGCUGAGAGAAACAGUAACUCUUGCCAAUGGCGUCGACUGCAGGUAGAGGAGAGGAUGAUGAGAGGGAGAAGAAGAAGAAGGAAGGGAGCGGCAACGACGGCGACGCCGGGAAGCUGCCGUUCCUGGGGAUGUUCAGGUACGCCGACGGCGUCGACAAGGCGCUGAUGGCGGUCGGCACGGUGGCGGCGAUGGCGAACGGCAUGUCGGAGCCGCUCAUGACCGUCGUCUUCUCCGCGGUCAUCGACUGCUUCGGCGGCGACGACGUCAGUACCGUUCUCCACCGGGUCAGCAAGGUUGUUCUGUAUUACAUCUACUUGGGAGUGGGAACAUCAAUGGCUUCUUUUCUCCAGGUGUCAUGUUGGACAAUGGCUGGAGAAAGGCAGUCGGCAUGCAUUCGAUCCUUGUACCUCGAAGCGAUUAUCACACAAGACAUUGCAUUCUUUGAUGUGGAGAUGACAACUGGAGAAGCUGCUUCUAGAAUAUCUGCAGAUACCGUACUGAUCCAAGAUGCCCUUGGUGAGAAGGUAGGAAAAUAUAUACAGGUUUUGACAGCCUUUGUAGGUGGUUUUGUCAUCGGAUUCAUAAGAGGCUGGAUGCUGGCUCUUGUUGUGAUGGCUUGUAUACCUCCAAGUAUUUUCUCUUUUGCAUUAGUCUCUCGAUUACGGGCUCAAAUAUCUGGAAAGACGCAUGUAUCAUAUAGCUAUGCGGGGAAUGUUGUUGAGCAGACCAUUGGAUCUAUACGAAUGGUUGUCUCCUUCAAUGGUGAGAAGAGAGCAAUUACAAUGUAUAAUACUCUCAUAAAAAAGGCAUACAAGGCCACUAUCAUGGAAGGGAUUAUCAGUGGUUUUGGAAUAGGCUCUAUCUUUUUUGUUGUUUACUGCAGUUACUCUCUUGCAUUUUGGUAUGGUGCCAAGUUAGUCAUUAGCAAAGGCUACACUGGAGGGCAAGUCAUCAAUGUCGUAUUUGCAAUUUUGACUGGUUCAAUGGCUAUAGGUAACGCAUCACCCUCUAUUUCUGCUAUUGCAGAAGGCCAAUCUGCAGCUCAUAGGUUAUUCGAAAUAAUCAAUAGAAAACCAAAUAUUGACAUCACUGGAACUUCUGGAAUAAUAUUAGAAGAUAUCAAGGGGAAUGUUGAACUCAAGGAUGUGUGCUUUAGCUACCCCGCAAGGCCUGAACAGUUGAUACUAGAUGGCUUAUGUCUACAAGUACCUAAUGGUACUACAAUGGCAAUAGUUGGGCAAAGUGGAAGUGGUAAAUCAACAAUAAUUAGUUUGGUAGAGAGAUUCUAUGACCCACAGGAUGGUGAAGUGUUAAUAGACGGAAUUAACAUCAAGACCUUGAAACUCCACUGGAUAAGAGGAAAAAUGAGUCUUGUUAGCCAAGAGCCAUUGCUUUUUAUGACCUCCAUCAAAGAUAACAUAACCUAUGGUAAAGAAAAUGCUACAGAUGAAGAAAUCAAGAGAGCAGCUGAGCUUGCAAAUGCAGCAAACUUCAUUGAUAAGUUGCCUAAUGCAUAUGACACAAUGGUGGGUCAACAUGGUGCUCAGCUUUCUGGGGGACAAAAGCAAAGGAUUGCCAUUGCAAGAGCUAUCCUUAAAAAUCCAAAAGUCCUCCUGUUGGACGAAGCUACUAGUGCAUUGGAUGUAGAGUCUGAGAGGCUAGUUCAAGAGGCACUAAAUAGGGUCAUGAUAGGGAGAACUACACUCAUUGUGGCCCACCGUUUGAGUACAAUCAAGAAUGCCGACUGCAUAGCAGUGGUUCACCAAGGAAAAAUAGUUGAUCAAGGUUCCCACGAUGAGUUGAUCAAGGAUCCCGAUGGAGCUUACUCUCAACUUAUUCAGUUACAACAGACUCAUACUGAAGAAAUGCAUGAUGUACAAUAUAGUGAGGUGUCAACUUCAAGACUUAAAAGUAGAAGUUUGUCUUUGGAACAAUCAAUGAUCAAUGAUUCUCCUAGAAAUAGAAGAAAAAACUCUUUAGCAAAACAUAUUGGCUCAUCUGGAUCCGAUGGAUUGCACAAGCAUGGUCUUACAGAUGAACCUGAAGAUAAAGAAUGUGGUGACAACAAGGAUAUUAAUAAAGCACCAAUCAGGCGACUUUUUAAUCUCAACAAGCCAGAAGCACCUAUUCUACUAUUAGCUAUUAUAACUGCUUUUGUGCAUGGACUUCUUUUCCCGAUAUUUAGUAUAAUGAUGUCUGGUGGUAUAAGAACUUUUUACUAUCCACCACACCAACUUCGAAAAGAUUCUAGGUUCUGGGCUUUGAUGUGCAUUCUAAUGGCAAUCAUUUCUCUGGUAUCGAUUCAAUUAGAAUAUUUCUUAUUUGGAAUGGCUGGUGGAAAACUUAUAGAACGUGUCCGCUGUUUGUCUUUCCAAAGCAUCGUCCAUCAAGAAGUUUCUUGGUUUGAUGAUCCUUCCCAUUCUAGCGGAUCACUUGGAGCAAAGUUGUACAUUGAUGCUUUGAACAUCCGACGCCUUGUGGGAGAUAACUUAGCCAUACUAGUGCAGUGCAUUGUAACGCUUAUUGCAGGAUUUACUAUAGCAUUUGCUUCUGACUGGAAGCUCACAUUGACCAUCAUGUGUCCGAUCCCUUUGGUGGGUUUGCAAAAUUAUGUACAAUUGAAGUUCUUGAAAGGGUUCAGUGAAGAUGCUAAGGUGAUGUAUGAAGAUGCAAGUCAAGUUGUAACUGAAGCAAUUGGUAGCAUUAGGACUGUAGCGUCUUUCUGUGCAGAGAAGAGAGUGAUUAAAACAUACAACCAAAAAUGUCAAGCUUCAAUGAAAGAAAGUAUUAGAAGUGGAAUGGUUGGAGGCCUAGGUUUCAGCUUUUCAUAUUUAAUGGUGUAUCUCACAUAUGCUCUUUGUUUCUAUGUUGGUGCACAGUUUGUACAUGGGGGGAAAUCAACCUUUAAAGAUGUCUUCAGAGUUUACUUUGCUUUAGUUUUCACAGCUUUUGGAAUUUCUCAAACAAGCGCAAUGGCAUCGGAUUCAUCAAAAGCCCAUGAAUCCGCAGCUUCAAUAUUAGCAAUCAUAGACAGAAAGUCCAAUAUUGACUCAAGCAUUGAUGAAGGAAUCAUACUAGAAAAGGUUAAUGGCACAAUAGAAUUGAAUCAUGUGAACUUCAAGUACCCAUCUCGCCCAGAUGUCCAAGUUUUAUGUGAUUUUACCUUAGGCAUCCCCUCCGGAAAGACUGUUGCACUUGUUGGAGAGAGCGGCAGUGGAAAGUCCACAGUAAUUGCUUUGCUGGAGCGAUUCUAUGACCCACAUUCUGGCACAAUCUCACUAGACAGAGUAGAACUUAAAAACUUAAAAUUGAGUUGGUUAAGAGAUCAAAUGGGAUUGGUAAGCCAAGAACCAAUACUUUUCAAUGACACAAUUCAUGCCAACAUAGCAUACGGGAGGAAAGGACAAGUAACCGAAGAAGAGAUUAUAGCUGUUGCUAAGGCAAGCAAUGCUCAUGAGUUCAUAUCAAGCUUGCCUCAGGGAUAUAACACUACUGUCGGAGAAAGAGGAACACAACUAUCUGGUGGGCAAAAGCAACGGAUAGCUAUAGCAAGGGCCAUCUUGAAGGACCCAAAAAUACUUCUAUUGGAUGAGGCUACAAGUGCCCUUGAUGCUGAAUCAGAGCGCAUUGUUCAAGAUGCACUAGAUCAAGUUAUGGUAAGCAGGACCACCAUUGUGGUAGCACACCGUCUGUCCACGAUUAAAGGGGCAGAUGUGAUUGCAGUCAUCAAGGAUGGUUCAAUCGCUGAAAAGGGACAACAUGACUCUCUCAUGAGGAUCAAUGGUGGAGUCUAUGCAUCGUUGGUAGACCUACACUCAAAGACAACAUAAAGAGAUGUAUUUUUUUCUCCCCUAGGUUUGUUCAUCUACAAGGUGGGAAAAUGCACACAAUAUUAUGCAUCAAAGAUAUAUGGAACAUCACUUAUUGCCUAUACUUUAGGUUUUGUUUGGCCUAAGACACCAAGGUAAAAUUGCACAAUAAUUUGUUUUCGUAGUUUCAGGGUAUUGGAUGACACGACAUAAAGAGAUGUAAUUUCUUUUACCCUAGCGUUGUUCAUCUACAAGCUGGAAAAAUGCACACAAAUAUUAUGCAUUAAAGCACGAGAAAAUUCCUUCUA